CCACAAGUGACUCUUUUGGCGCAGACUCAAUGCAGACGAGCCACUAUUUCCGGGAGAUGACCGACAUGAUUUCUUAAUUAGCGAUAUUUUCCUGCACCCCUGAUCGAAGAAAACUUUUACAACACGCUCGUGCAAUUGUGUACAUUAGAAGCGUUGGGCCACGCGAGGCGAAAGGCCCAAUGAGGGUAUGAAAAAAGUAGUUAAACUUGUGGGUCUCGUCGACUCUUCCACUUUGAAGCUAAAUCGACGGCAAGGAACGAGCGUCGGGACGAAGCAACACUUCCUGAAGCUUUCACGUUGGCAGCCCAGAUCUAUGUGAGAGGCAAACAUGAGAUUAACAGGCCCUAUGCGAGUUGUGGCCGUGUUGCUUUUGGUGGGGCUUACAUGGCUGCUGGCAAGCACUUUGUUUGGAGGGGAAAACGGAUCUUUUGUUAGCCGUUUCUUUAAUGGUGCAAGUCAGGAACCGACUGCUGCCGAUGUUCGACCACGGCGGUAUAAAUGUGGCCUUUCAGCGGCGUGCCCCCCCAAACAUUUGGCUUUCCGUCUGGUGUCAGGAGCUGCCAAUGUCAUUGGACCCAAAAUCUGUUUGGAGGAUAAGAUGUUAUUAAGCAGCGUGAAGAACAACGUUGGCAGAGGAUUAAACAUCGCUUUGGUGAAUGGGGUGACAGGUGAACCGCUGGAAACAAAGACCUUUGAUAUGUGGGCAGGAGAUGUUUCUGACCUGUUGAAAUAUCUGCGUCCGCUCCACGAGGGAACUUUGGUGUUUGUGGCCUCAUUUGAUGAUCCAGCUACAAAGUUGAAUGCAGAGUCUCGGCGACUGUUUGAGGAGCUCGGGAGCACUGCAAUCAAGGAAUUAGCCUUUCGAGACAGUUGGGUGUUCGUCGGUGCGAAGGGUAUCGAGAAUAAGAGUCCGUUUGAGCAGCGGAUGAAGAACAGUAAGAGCAGCAACAAAUAUGAAGGUUGGCCUGAGUCACUAGAGAUGGAUGGCUGUAUUCCCUUGCGGCCACUUGUUGAAGUUUAAUUUAGCCCAUGAUGGUAAGCAGUUCUGUUACAGCCAACUGACUGGCUGUUUGAAAGAUUUAAAGAAAUACCAGCUUAUGUGAAAAACAGGAUGUAGGAGAUUAAUUUUGUAGUGAUAUAGAACAAACCUGUGUUCAUGUUUUUACAAGGGGAAUGAAUGAAGCUGGAGUCGAUAUUCCUUUUUGAGGAACUGAUACCGAUGCUCUCUCCCAGAAUACAGGAUUCCCGUAUAGCUCACAUACCCAAGUUCUUGAAACAUUUUCCAGCAGUUUCAUGAAGCGCAAAAAUUUGCACCUCUGUCGAAGUUUAUAUAAAAAUGCUGUUUUAUAUUCAAGUAAUUUUAUUGCUGUGACCAAUAUUUCUGUGAAUUUUUUUUUUUUUAAAUUGCAGUAGUAGCCAUUUGUUGUUACCUUUGAACCCGAUGCACAAGCACAGUGUUUGUCUCUUGCAAUUUAUUUAGUUGUUUGAUGAAAAUUAUUUAUUUAAAUGCCAAACAUGGAAGCUUUUCUAUCUAUGUUUUAUGUUAGACUUCCCUAGUUUUGAGUAAUAUCCAAUGCUGGUUUACGUUUGGUCCAUUGAGUGAUUUUGUUGGUACUGUAUGUAUUUGGUGGCCUUGUUUUUUAUUUGCAUUUAAUAACUAUUUAAAUGCACAAGAAUAAAAUUACUAUAAAUGAUCUUUUGCUGUAUUUGUGUGGUGACAAAUUUAUACAAAUAUCUGUGUGACAAA